ACAUGGUGGUGCUGUGAGAUGUAAUUCGAACAAGCCCAUGUGACGUCACCAGACUUGUUUGUUUUGAAUUGUGCCGCGACAUCUCAGAAACAUUUCUAAUAAAGUCAUAUUAUGAUUUAGUGGCAUUUUCACCACACUUCAGCGGUGUAAGCCUUUAACGUUACUGUCAAUAUGUCAGUUGGAGAGGACGAAACGCUUCAGCGACUGAAGGCAGCUGUACAUUACACUGUUGGUCAACUGUGUCAGAAGAUGGAAGAAGAACACCGGACGAAAUUUAGCCGGCAGGUCGUUGCCGCAAUAGCAGAGACUACCUUCAGACAAAGUGACAUCUUUGCCAAAGACUUGGAGGCGUUUGCAAGGCAUGCUAAAAGAUGUACGGUGUCUGCAGAGGACGUCAAACUGUUGGCUCGCCGCAGCACCGCACUGGCUGUCUACAUACAAAAUAAGAGUGAAGAACUGGAACAAGAGCAGAAAGAUUUGAAAAAAAAGAAUUCUUGGAAGAGGAAAGGCAGAGACACCGAGGAGAACAGAGAAUAAAAGGUUUAAUAGUUUUCUCUUCUUCAGUAAAGGUGAAUAAACAAAGCAAACUUUUACAUCAUCUGAUGCACAUAAAAUGUGUCGUAAACCUGAGCUAUAAAAGGCGGUUUUAGAAUAGCAAACAUCGUCCAAGGAUGACCAGUCAGCAAAAAACACUCACACCUUGUUGCAGACGCACACAAGCAGAGGAAAGAAGCAUGAAAGAGACGAGUACUACCAUGUCUCUCUGGGAAGGCCACACACUCAAAGUGUUGGAAGUUGCAUCUUCGUCCUUCAGCCUGGGAUCAAAUGUAGACCUCAACCAGCCGAGCCCAAGGUCCCUAAAUAUGUGAAUCCAAUUAAUUGUUUAUUCUGCAAAGCCACUCAAUCAACUAAGCAUCUAUUCCAACCAACUUUAUUAGACAACUCCCUUCUUUUGACAUUUUUCCAACACCUCACAAACAUCAAGCGCUACAGGAGGGGGGCAUUGGACAUACCACGCCACGUUCUCACACCAGCACUCGUGCCCAUACCCCAACCCGCUAGCGUCUUCAGUCGGUGUCAUCCACAUCAAGUACACACUUACAGGAACAAGAAACAGCACACACCAUUCAGAUGAUACAAGCGGUACAACAUUCCAUACAUUUCACUUUGUCCACACAUUAAGAAUAAGGGAAAUCUUGCAAAGAUUAAAAAAAACCAAAAAACAAAAAAAAAAAACCUUGAAGUACUAAUGAGAGGAUGUCCAUGUUAGGCGCUCGUUAGCAUCCGCAGCUUCCACUCACACACUCAGAAAGCAGUCAGAAUUUGGGCUCGUUCACGUUCACAAGCAGUCCGCUCUACGCCUCUCAGUCCGCUCACUCAUCUCCUCGCCACAAGCCAUCCCAAUCGCACUCAUCAGUUCCUAAAAAAUGUCACUUGCGCAGCGGAUAAAAGUGAAAACACCCACCGUCUGUGAGAACGUCGUUUGAUGGCAAAGCAUUUACAGGCGGGAAGAGAGUGAUACCGAUACGGCGCCGACAAUGCCGCCAUAUUGGAGCUUCCUUGCAGGGAAACGGAAGGUGGGAGUCAACUGCAGAAGAGAUUUCAAUCAAGGCUUUUUGUUCCACUUGACUGCAAAUAAAAUUUCUAAAAACAUCGAAGUUUCAACCAGAUUCUCCCCAAUGCAAGAUUGCCUUCAAAUGAUAAACAUUCAUGCAUCACGUUACAAUACAUGCAUUAGAGAAUCCAGUUGAAAAGGAUACAAACAUGAAAAAAUAGCACUUCCUGGUAAACAACUCACAACACACCAAAUUCAAUCUUUAGCUUUUUCCUGCAAAUCUACAAAACAUCUUCCACAAAAGUAUUUUUUAACCAGAAAGAAAGGUCUGAUCUUUCUCACGAUACUUACCACACGGACACGCUUAGCUUACAUACCCCACCCAGACGACUUUGACUCCAUACUGGACCCAAAGCCUGAGCUAAACCCACUACC